GGCCGUUUUAUUUCCAACACUCACAUAAAAAGGUGGGUGUGUGUUUGUGUCGAAACAAAAAAUUGAAACACAAAAAGACGUCGGUUAGAGACGCUGCGCUGCCUAUAUAAAUGUAUAUUUAUAACUAGAAACUGUAAGGAAUUAGUGAAACUCGGUUAUUUAGCUGGGGCGUAUGUGCCAGCGCUUCAGAAUACAGCCUGCCCAGCAGCACGCACAGUGAUAUAAGCAAAGUACAAAACAGUCGCCGCCUAGCAGACAAAGGAUCCGGAUCCGUGAAAACGCUCACGCACAGAUACAGAAGUAUACAUAUAUACAUAGUACGUACGACUAUGUCAACCGGAAGGCCCAUAAAAUGUGUUGUCGUCGGUGACGGCACAGUCGGAAAGACCUGCAUGCUAAUCUCCUACACAACAGACUGCUUUCCCGGCGAAUAUGUGCCUACUGUCUUCGAUAACUACUCUGCCCCGAUGCAAGUUGACACAAUACAGGUCUCGUUGGGACUGUGGGAUACGGCGGGCCAGGAAGACUACGACCGCCUGCGACCCCUUUCCUACCCUCAGACCGACGUAUUCCUGAUAUGUUACAGUGUGGCGAGUCCCUCGUCCUUUGAGAAUGUAACAUCGAAAUGGUAUCCAGAGAUAAAGCACCACUGCCCCGACGCACCCAUCAUUUUAGUUGGCACUAAAAUCGAUUUGCGCGAAGAUCGCGAGACACUAAGCGGCCUCGCCGAGCAGGGCCUGACGCCUCUGAAGCGCGAACAAGGCCAGAAGCUGGCGAAUAAGAUACGCGCUGUGAAAUACAUGGAGUGCUCCGCCUUGACGCAGCGUGGCCUUAAACUGGUGUUCGAGGAAGCGGUGCGCGCAGUACUCAGACCAGAGCCACUUAAGCGACGCCAGCGAAAGUGUUUAGUUAUGUAAAUAAGGUAGAAUGUUAUGGGCCUUAUAUUGGCGGCAGAGAUUCCUCGGAAGCAACACGUACGUCGGCGAGCUAGCCGGUACACAUAGAAACUCACGCAGCGCCCUUACCGACCAAACAAAACACAACAAAAAAUAACUUCACUCAUUGAACAUAAUAUUUAUUUUAUAAGUUUAAAAUGAAUCCUAAAUUACGAAGCACUAAGCAAGAAAAAAAGAACUCCAAACAAAUGUUACAUCAACACAGACGUUUUUCGCAUGAGUUUUUAUAUGGUUUGUGAAACACGACUCCCUCCCACAAAAACUAGAAACAAAAACCAUAGUAAACCAUAAUCAGAUCAACAGAAAAAUCGUAAACCUAAUGCAGAUACAUAUGUAGAAAUCUAGUCAAUUGAAUCGAAUGUAUUGUACUAAUAGUAACAGCAGCGCAGAGAAAAUUAUGAAGACCGCAGCCGCCGCAGCAGCCAACUCGCAUAAAAUUGGUUUCGCAUAUCACGAGCAUCUAUGCAUUUCCUAAUUUCUUAUUACAUGUAUUAUAGUUAUGUAGCCAAGAGUUAAAGCAACACCUGUCCCCUAGCAACCUAGCUUAUCAAGCCAAUCAACAAAGACCAAUUCACUUGACGAAGAGAUCUUGAAGAAAGCCAAUAUUUACGAUAAUUAAGCAUAUGCAUUUUUUUAUUCUAACUCGACCCUCGAAUCAUAAUCAUAAUCACUUGACGCUCAUCAGACAUAAUGUCUCUUGAAAAUGUAA